GUUGGCCCUGGAAGAACUUUCAAAGACUCACAGGAUGGCACUAGAAGAACAGGAAAGAGCUAUGAAGAAAGCCAUGCAAGAACGAUCAGAAGUCGAAGCAGCACUGGAAGAACUUUCAAAUACUCAUAGGAAAGUCCUAGAAGAACAAGAAAGGGCUGAGAGGAAGGCAAAGGAGCAACGAAUAAUGGCUGAAGCAGACUUGGAAGAACUUGCAAAGAUUCAGAGAAAGAUCCUAGAUGAACAAGAAGAAGCUGAAAAGAAAGCAAUGUGUGAAAUACAGAGAGCUGAAAAAGCCAAAGAAGAACUUUCAGAAAUCCAGAUAAAGGUCCUUGAGGAAAAGGAAAAGGCUAAUAAAGUCAUGCAAGAAAGAAAAGUGGCUGAGUUGGCCCUGGAAGAACUUUCAAAGACUCACAGGAUAGCACUAGAAGAACAGGAAAGAGCUAUGAAGAAAGCCAUGCAAGAACGAGCGGAAGCCGAGGCAGCCCUGGAAGAACUUUCAAAGACUCACAGGAUAGCACUAGAAGAACAGGAAAGAGCUAUGAAGAAAGCCAUGCAAGAAAGAGCGGAAGCCGAGGCAGCCCUGGAAGAACUUUCAAAUACUCAUAGGAAAGUCCUAGAAGAACAGGAAAGGGUUGGGAGGAAAGCAAAAGAGGAAAGAAUUAUGGUUGAAGCAGCCCUAGAAGAACUUGCAAAGAUUCAGAGAAAGAUCCUAGAUGAACUAGAAGAAACAGAAAGGAAAGCAAUGUGUGAAAUCCAGAGAGCUCAUAAAGCCAAGGAAGAACUUUCAGAAAUCCAGAUAAAGGUCCUUGAAGAACAGGAAAGAGCUACAAAAGCCAUGCAAGAACGAGAAGCUGCUGAGUUGGCUCUGGGAGAACUUUCAAAGACUCACAGGAUAGCACUAGAAGAACAGGAAAGAGCCAUGAAGAAAACCCUGCAAGAACGAGCGGAAGCCGAGGCAGCACUGGAAGAACUUUCCAAAACUCUUAGGAAGGUCCUAGAAGAACAGGAAAGGGCUGAGAGGAAGGCAACGGAGGAAAGAAAGAUGGCUGAAGCAGACCUGGAAAAACUUGCAAAGAUUCAGAGAAAGAUUUUAGAUGAACAAGAAGAAGCUGAAAAGAAAGCAAUGUGUGUCAUACAGAGAGCUCAGAAGGCCAAGGAAGAACUUUCAGAAAUCCAGAUAAAGGUCCUGGAGGAAAAGGAAAAGGCUAAGAAAGCAAUGCAAGAACGAGAAAUGGCUGAGUUGGCCCUGGAAGAGCUUUCAAAGACCCACAAGGUGGUCCUAGAAGAACAGGAACGUGGUAAGAAGAAAGCCAUAGAGGAACAAAAAGAAGCAGAGACAGCCCUGGAAGAACUGUUAAAGAUUCAUAGGAAGGUCCUAGAAGAACAGGAAAGGGCUGAGAGGAAGGCUGAGGAGGAAAGAAAGAUGGCUGAAGCAGACCUGGAAGAACUUGCAAAGAUUCAGAGAAAGAUCUUAGAUGAACAAAAAGAAGCUGAAAAGAAAGCAAUUUGUGAAAUACAGAGAGCUCAGAAGGCCAAGGAAGAACUCUCAGAAAUCCAGAUAAAAGUCCUGGAGGAAACGGAAAAGGCUAACAAAGCAAUGCAAGAACGAGAAGUGGCUGAGUUGGCCCUGGAAGAGAUUUCAAAGACUCACAGGAUGGCACUAGAAGAACAGGAAAGAGCUAUGAAGAAAGCCAUGCAAGAACGAGCGGAAGCUGAGGCAGCCCUGGAAGAACUUUCAAAGACUCAUAGGAAGGUCUUAGAAGAACAGGAAAGGGCUGAGAGGAAGGCAAAGGAGGAAAGAAUGGUGGCUGAAGCAGACCUGGAAGAACUUGCAAGGAUUAAGAGAAAGAUUUUAGAUGAACAAGAAGUAGCUGAAAAGAAAGCAAUGUGUGAAAUACAAAGAGCUCAAAAAGCCAUGGAAGAAUUUUCAGAAAUCCAGAUAAAGGUCCUUGAAGAACAAGAAAGAGCUAAAAAAGCAAUGCGAGAACGAGAAAUCACUGAGGCUGCCCUGGGAGAACUCUCAAAGACUCACCGGAAGGCCCUAGAAGAACAGAAAAAGGCCAAGAAGAAAGCUAUGGAAGAACGAGCGGAAGCUGAGGCAGCUUUGGAAGAACUUUCAAAGGCUCAUAGGAAGGUUCUAGAAGAACAGAAAAGGGCAGAGAGGAAAGCCAAGGAGGAAAGAAAGAUGGCUGAAGCAGAUCUGGGGAAACUUGCAAAGAUUCAAAGACAGAUCCUUGAUGAACACAAAGAAGCUGAAAAGAGAGCAAUGUAUGAAAUCCAGAGAGCUAAAAAAGCCAAGGAAGAACUUUCAGAAAUACAAAUAAAGGUCCUUGAAGAACAGGAAAAAGCUAAGAAAGCCAUGCAAGAACGGGAAGCAGCUGAGGCAGCCCUAGAAGAACUUUCAAGGACUCAUAGAAAGGUCGCAGAAGAACAGGAAAGGGCUGAGCGGAAGUCAAAGGAGGAAAGAAAGAUGGUUGAAGCCGACCUGGAAGAACUUGCAAAGAUUCAGAGAAAGAUCCUAUAUGAACAAGAAGAAGCUGAAAAGAAAGCAAUGUAUGAAAUCCAGAGAGCUCAGAAGGCCAAGGAAGAACUUUCAGAAAUCCAGACAAAGGUCCUCAAGGAACAGGAAGAAGCUAAGAAAGCAAUGCAAGAACGAGAAAUGGUUGAGUUGGCCCUGGAAGAGCUUUCAAAGAUCCACAGGGUGGUCCUAGAAGAACAGGAAAGAGCUAAGAAGAAAGCCAUGCAAGAAAGAUUGGAAGCUGAGGCAGCCCUAGAAGAACUCUCAAAGACUCAUCAGAAGGUCCUAGAGGAACACGAAAAGGCAGAGAGGAAGGCAAAGGAGGAAAGAAAGGUGGCUGAAGCAGACCUGGAAGAACUUGUAAGGAUUCAGAGAAAGAUCUUGGAUGAACAAGAAGCAGCUGAAAAGAAUGCAAUGUAUGAAACACAGAGAGCACAAAAAGCCAAGGAAGAACUUUCAGAAAUUCAGAUAAAGGUCCUUGAAGAACAAGAAAGAGCUAAGAAAACCAUGCAAGAACGAGCAAAGGCUGAAUCGGCUCUCAGAGAGGUUUCAAAGAUUCAUAGGACAGUCCUAGAAGAACUAGAAACUGCUAAGAAAGCAACACAAGAACAAGAGAUGGCCAAGGCAGCCUUGGAAGAACUUUCAAAGAGACACAGGAAAGAACAUGAAAGGGCUGAGCAAAAAGCAAAGGGAGAAAGAAUGAUGGCUGAAGCAGACCUGGAAGAACUUGCAAAGAUUCAAAGACAGAUCCUUGAUGAAUACAAAGAAGCUGAAAAGAAAGCAAUGUGUGAAAUACAGAGGACUCAAAAAGCCAAGGAAGAACUUUCAGAAAUCCAGAUAAAGGUCCUUGAAGAACAGGAAAAGGCUAAGAAAGUCAUGCAGGAAAGAGAAGUAGCUGAGGCAGCCCUGGGAGAGCUUUCAAGGAUUCAUAAGGUAUUCCUAGAAGAACAGGAAAGGGCUGCGAAGAAGGCAGAGCAUGAAAGAAGGAUGGCUGAGAAAGCCCUAGAAGAACUUUCAAAAGCCCAAAGGAAGAUCUUAGAAGAACAAGAAAGGCUUCAGCUGAAAGAGAUGAAAGAAAGAGAGAGAACUCAAAAAGCCCAGGAAGAACUUAUAAAGAUUCAGAGGAAGGCCCUCGAAGAACAAGAAAGGGCUGAGAAAGCACUAAAAGAAAGGCAUGUGGUUGAGGUGGCCCUGGAAAAACUUGAGAAAAUUCAGAGGCAGACUCUACAAAAUCAGGAAAAGGCUGAGAAGAGAGUAGCGAAAGAAACAGAGAAAGUUCAGAAGGCCCAGGAAGAACUUUUAAAGAUUCAGGAAAAGUGCUUAGAAGAACAGGAAAAGGCUAACAAAGCAAUGAAAGAAAGAGAAGCAGCUGUGGCAGCCCUGAAAGAACUUUCAGAGCGUCAAAGGAAGGUAUUAGAAGAACAAGAAAGAGCGGAGAAAAGAGCCAGGAAAGAGAGAGAGAAAGCAGAGACAGCCAAAGAAGAACUGGAGCUCAAACAGAGGAAAGCCCUGCAGGAGUUGGAGGCAACUAGGAAAAAGGCCAUGGAAGAAAAUGAAAGAGCUCAACAAAAGGCCCUAGAGGAGCAAAGGAAAGCUCAGGCGGCUACAGAAGAACUGGAGAGAGUAAAAAAACAGGCCUUGGUGGAAAUGAGAAGUGGGCCCAAUAAAAAUCCAGCCCCAACUGAGGAGGAUCCUGAGGAAAGCAACAUGAUUUCCAAAGCAGGUCCUAAGGAACCAGAAAGCAUGCAGAAGCAAGGCCCAGAGCACAGCAUCAUUUACAAAAAGAUCUGUAUCGAACAAGCCAAGAAAGAACAGCCACAAGCCAAGAAGGCAGCAGAGCUUGGAAAGAGUUCAAGACCUUUAGCAAAGUCCGUUUUGGACUUUCUUGACACUGAAUGA